AUGCUUUGUUUGAAGGUCCAAUCAUCAUUGGUUGGUAAGACAGCUGGGUUGAGAGUUGCUAGAGGAUUUUCUAGCAAUGCCCGUGCAUUGUCCAAGGUAGCUGAAGACUCUAAGUUGGCUGAUGGGGAUGACAUUGUGCAAAUUGAGUUGCCAGAAACAUCUUUUGAAGGGUACAUGUUGGAAGUUCCAGAAUUGACUUACCAAACUACCAAGUCCAACUUGUUGCAAAUGUACAAGGAUAUGAUUAUUGUGAGAAGAAUGGAAAUGGCUUGUGAUGCUUUGUACAAGGCCAAGAAGAUUAGAGGUUUCUGUCACUUGUCUGUUGGUCAAGAAGCCAUUGCUGUUGGUAUUGAAAAUGCUAUCACCAAGCGUGACACUGUUAUUACUUCUUACAGAUGUCACGGUUUCACCUACAUGAGAGGUGCUUCUGUUCAAGCUGUUUUGGCUGAAUUGAUGGGUAGAAGAACCGGUGUUUCCUUCGGUAAGGGUGGUUCCAUGCACUUGUACGCCCCAGGUUUCUACGGUGGUAACGGUAUUGUCGGUGCCCAAGUGCCAUUGGGUGCUGGUUUGGCCUUUGCCCACCAAUACAAGCACGAAGAUGCUUGUUCCUUUGCCUUGUACGGUGAUGGUGCUUCCAACCAAGGUCAAGUGUUUGAAUCUUUCAACAUGGCCAAGUUGUGGAACUUGCCAGCCGUCUUCUGUUGUGAAAACAACAAGUACGGUAUGGGUACCGCUGCUGCCAGAUCCUCCGCUAUGACUGAAUACUUCAAGCGUGGUCAAUACAUUCCAGGUUUGAAGGUCAACGGUAUGGAUAUCUUGGCUGUUUACCAAGCUUCCAAGUUCGCCAAGGACUGGGCUGUCUCCGGUAACGGUCCAUUGGUCUUGGAAUACGAAACCUACAGAUACGGUGGUCACUCCAUGUCUGACCCAGGUACCACCUACAGAACCAGAGACGAAAUUCAACACAUGAGAUCCAAGAACGACCCUAUUGCUGGUUUGAAGAUGCACUUGCUAGAAUUGGGUAUCGCUACCGAGGAAGAAAUCAAGGCCUACGACAAGGCUGCUAGAAAGUACGUUGACGAACAAGUCGAAUUGGCUGACGCUGCUCCAGCUCCAGAAGCUAAGAUGUCUAUCUUGUUCGAAGACGUCUACGUUCCAGGUUCCGAAACCCCAACCCUAAGAGGUAGAUUGCAAGAAGACACUUGGGACUUUACCAACAACAAGUUCGCCUUCAGAGAUUAG